AUGGAUAGCUACUCCCUCCUCUACAGUUCCUCGCACAGAACGAGGCUCCUCUCUGGCUUCCAGCGCCUGCGCUCUGACGGGAGGAUGUGUGAUGUCGUCCUAGAGACCAAUGGUGUUUCUUUUCCAUGUCAUCGCGCCCUUUUGGCCAGCUCCAGCGAGUAUUUCUGGGCUCUCUUUGGAGACACUACAGCAGAGAGAUUAGCGGGCUCCAUUAGCCUCCCAGUGCUAACACCUGAUGGUUUAGGUGCCAUUCUUGACUUCCUGUAUUCUGGCUGGCUCAGCGUCUCAACAGUCACGCUUCCUGACGUCUUGGAGGCCGCCAGGUACUUGCAAGUGGACACGGCUGUGGCGAUAUGUGAGCGCUUCAUUACUGAUGGGUUAUGUGCUGAAAAUUGCUGUUGCUAUGCUAACCUGGCUGAGCGCCAUGGACUUUCAGAUGCACUUGACGCUGCCAAUUACACCAUUGCCAUGGAGAUGGGGACGUUACUACAGGAAAACAGGGAUGAUCUUCUCGGGCUGAAUAACCAAUCACUGAUGGCGGUCAUUGAUGCAGACGAAAUAUGUGGCGCCAAGGAGGUGGAGCUCAUAAAGCUGACUCUGGAUUGGCUGGAGGAGAAUGGGCCAUUCCCUUUGCUGAAAUCAAAUUUUCUACUAAGUCAUCUGCGAUUUGGAUUGGUCGCCCCAUCUGACCUCAACAGCCUCAGCCAUGCCCACAGAGCCAUGACCACCCCUCUAAUAAGAAGCCAGAUGAAUCAAGCAUUGGUGUACCACAGUAUGGACUCUAUUCAGCCAAUCAAACAAAGCAGACAAUCAACACUAAGAGCGUCACCCAAUUGUGUACUGCUUGUGGGUGGAGGGUCCAGUGCAGAUUGGCCAGAGCAGGAAAUGCUGAUGUUUGACCCAAGAAGCAGGAAGUUUUCAUCUUUGAGUUCCAGUCUCCCACUGCGACUGAGACGUCACUGCGUGUGCUCAGUGGGAGGCUUCCUCUUCUUGAUUGGAGGAGAAGAGGUGAAAGAGGGAGAUGAGGAUGGGAAGGAGUCCGUCAUCGUGGGAACAUCCAAGCAAGUGUGGAGGUACGAUCCUCGCUUUGACUGCUGGAAGCAGAUGGUGUCCAUGCUGCAGAGACGGGCGGAGUUCACCUGCUGCGUGGUGGAGGAUGUUAUUUAUGCCAUUGGGGGACGACACAUUCAAGCAGACACCAACACAUACACCUCUGUGGCUUCUGUUGAGUUUUAUGACAUGGCCAUAGGAGCGUGGAGGAGAGGGGCACCAAUGGCUCGAGCUCUUCGCGGCCAUGCUUCUGCCGUGCUUGAAAAUGGCAUCUACGUGUCAGGAGGUAUCCCGGGCAACCAAGGCAGCAUCAAUAGUAGUAACCAAGAUGAUAACCAGACUGAAAACAGAGAUAUCAGCAGAGAAGUCCUCUACUGGGACCUCAAAGGUAGAGUCUGGGAGAAGCGGGCGUCCAUGUCCAUCGCCAGGUUCUGUCACCGCAUGGCAACUGCCAACGGCUACAUCUACGCCCUGUUAGGGAGAUAUGAGCCCUUCUGCGAUAUAGAACGCUACGAUUCCCAAGCAGAUCACUGGACUCAACUCAAACCACUUCUCAUUGGCUCCUUCAGCUACGGGAUGGUGUCAAUGCCGUCUGGGAAUCUUCUGGUAUUCGGAGGAAGAAAAUGGAGCGAAGGACAGGAAGUGAUAGUGAAAAGUGUGCUGGAAUACGAUACUAAGAAAGAUCGCUGGAAGGAAAUCUGUCAGCUCCCCAGACCUCUAACUGGGACUGAGUGCACAUUAUUGCCCCUGCCAGAAUGAAGUGCACACAGUGUGAGAGCAUUUUUGACAAGAAAGUGACAGUUCAACUUUUAAGUAAGAGCAACAUAGCCUCAAAAUGCUACGCAAAAUUGUUUGAGAAAGUCCAUUUGUAUGUGUCUGUCAAGUGAA